ACAAGUUUGGGUUGUACCUAGCAGUCAACAGAGCAGAACAGCUCUUUCUCUAGCUGGAUAUCUGCUAUUUUCGCUUCCUACCUCUCAUGCAAUGGAUGUCUCAUGCAAUGGACCUAAGACUGAAACUUUUUCCUGCUACAUGCUUUCAGUGAAGGUCAUCCAAGCUCAGCACAUACCCUCAAAAGACCUAUGGACUGCUUCUGAUUGCUAUGUGAGCCUUUGGCUGCCAUCUUCUUCAAAUAUACAUGCCCUGACAAAAACCUUUCCAAAUUCCAGCAACCCUGUUUGGAAUGAAAGCUUCAAUUUCUUAAUCCAACCUGAGGUCAAAAACAUUCUAGAACUGAAGCUCUAUGAUCAAGAUGUGGUCACCAAAGAUGACCUUCUUUUCACGGUGGUCUAUGAUAUUGCAAAAAUAAGACCAGGGGACACAGUUUAUGAAAACUUUAUUUUUAACUCAGAGGGUCAAGCAAGUCUAGAAGUAGAAUUCAAGAUGAGAAGCAUAUCUUGUGAUUUUGAGAGACUCAUUACUAAUAACAUCUUAGUGGCCCGUGAGGUUUCCUGUUUGGAAGUUCAGUUGGACAAAUGGAAGACUGAGGAGCGGUUGAAAAAGCAUAAAAAUAUUGUACUUUUGGUGAAUGAAUCAUUUGAAGAAGCACAGAAGGUCAUCCAGGACUCAGAAAGCUUCCGCUUCCACUGUGUAAAGAACUGGGAACCAAUGCUGAAAGUCAAUAUGAAGAGUAAUUCCCUUGGGGAAAAACUGUUCAGGGACACUGCAGCUGACUGUCCAGGAGUAUUGCUGAAAUCUCUUCCAGAGGGAAAAGAAACAAAAGUAGCCUUGCCUUUAACAAAGACUGAACAUUUGAAGGUGCAGCUGAAGGUUAAUAAUUGCCUUGGAGCUUUAGAUGUGCGUUUGGGAUGUGAUCUUUGUGAGGCUGAGCGGGAUUUCCUUCAUAAGCGGAAGAAUGUAGUUGCUGCUGCUCUUAAGAAAGUUCUUCGGCUGGACCAGGAACUGCAAGGACAUGAGGUCCCAGUGCUAGCAAUCAUGGCAACUGGGGGAGGAGCCAGGGCCAUGUCAGCAUUCUAUGGCCACCUCUUCGCUCUUCAGAAGCUGAACCUCUUGGACUGUGUUAUGUAUAUCACUGGAGCCUCUGGGUCAACAUGGACCAUGAGAAAUUUGUAUGAAGAUGCUAGCUGGUCUCAGAAGGAUCUAGUGAGCCCAAUUCGUAAAGCAAGGAAAUGUGUUACUAGAAGCAAGUCAAGUGCAUUCUCCAUGGAUGCUCUGAAGCACUAUGAUGUGAAACUGCAGCAGAGGGUUCAGGAGGGACACUCGGUGUCUUUUACUGAUCUGUGGUCACUCAUUAUUGACCGCAUGUUCCAUGAUGAGCUGAGUGAGAGCAAACUAACAAAUCAGCAACAGGCUGUCAAUGUGGGACAAAAUCCAUUGCCCAUCUAUGUGGCCCUGAAUGUCAAGGAGAGUUCCCAAAGCAGUCUUGAAUUUAAAGAGUGGUGUGAAUUUUCUCCCUAUGAAGUAGGAUUUCCUAAAUAUGGGGGAUUCAUUUCACCAGAGGAUUUUGGAAGUGAGUUCUUCAUGGGACGACUGAUAAAGACAAUACCAGAAUCUAAGAUCUGCUUUUUGGAAGGAAUAUGGAGUAAUAUAUUUUCCUUGAAUCUGAUGGAUGUCUGGAAUGCUGCUCAAAGCUCAUACCAGUUCUGGCAGUCACUCACCCCAGGGAAAGAAAAAGAUGAUAAUAAAGACAACAGUCCAUUUGAAAAUCAGUUAUCUGUAUUUAAGACCACUUGCUUCUCUCCACCAAAUGAUUUAUCCAAUAUCCUCAACAGAGUUCUGACCCAUCGCCCCAUAGCAGAAUCAACUCCUAACUUCUUGAGAGGUCUGCAGUUGCACAAGGAUUAUUAUCAACAUAAAACAUUUUCUGCAUGGCAAGAGACUAAACUGGACCAGUUCCCUAACCAUCUCACACCACUGGAAAAAGAGCUUUGUCUGGUUGAUGCUGGAUAUUUCAUUAAUACCAGUUGCCCUCCAUUGUUAAGAAAGGAAAGGGAUGUGGAUGUCAUCUUAUCAUUUGACUACAACUUAGUGGAGACCAGGUUUCAUUCUAUAGAAAAUACAGGCAAAUGCUGUGAGGAGAAAGGGAUUCCUUUCCCCAAAAUUGUGCUGAGUGAAGAAGACAGGAAGAAUCCCAAGGAAUGCUAUGUUUUUAUGGAUAACGAGAAUCCAGAAGUUCCAAUUGUGCUUCACUUUCCAUUGGUGGAUAACUCGUUCAGGAAAUAUAAGAGACCUGGAAUUAAGCGUAGCUCUGCAGAAAUGGCAAAAGGAGAGAUGGAUCUUACUAGCUUAAAAUCACCAUACAGAAUGACAAAUUUGACCUACACAGAAGAUGAUUUUGACAAACUGUUAAACCUGAGUGACUAUAAUAUCCAGAAUAACAGUCAGCUGAUUUUACAAGCUUUGCAGGCAGCAAUAGAAAGAAGAAAAGUCAGCAAGAAAGGAAGGCAACUGAAGUCUACCUCAAGCUAUUGAGAAGGAUUUUGGGACUAUCUGAGGCAUAUUUGCAGUGGUCUGAAGUCUGAAAUGGCCAAGAUUACUUACUCCACUCACUACUCUGGUAUAUUUACAUUGCCCAAUUAGAGAGAAGCAAACAUUUUUGUGGCAUGUAAAUGGGCCUAUAAUGUCCAUGAAAAAGUAUGGUGUCAUUACAAUUGUAUUGUUGAUACAAGUCUGUUCAAAAUCUGAAGUUAUAUAUAAAUUGUUAUAGUAGUAAA